CUCUUUCAGGGUAGGUGACUACAUUUUAAAAUGGACUUUGAAGAGCAGAGAAGAAUGUAUGCCAUGAACAUUCCUGGCCAUCCCAUUGCUAGCCAUCAUGCAGGCAGUCAACAAACGACUGCUCAGCAGGUUGCCCAACAAGUUGCCCAGCAACAAGUUUCUCAGCAAGCACCACAUAAUCGAAUAUUGAUGCCUGAAGGUCCACAUGCAAUGGUUGUUGGAACUCGACAUGGACCGAUGGAUGCAACAAUGGCAACAAUGACGUCACAAAUGGCAGGUUCACAGCAGAUAACUAUGCAUCAUACUGUCCAUCACCAACAGCUUGUUCAUCACCAGCAGCAAGUGGUUCAACAGCAAACAACACAGCAGCAACAACAGAUGCUUACUGAAGUUACAGUUAGCAUAGCUGAGUCUUCCCAGGAAACUGGAACAGGACUUGCUGGCGUUGUAGAAGAAGUCCCAGUAGAAGUUGAAGGCCAUGAGAGAAUAUUAGGAUUGGAAAGGGAAUGUGAUGUAGAUGAAAAUAUAGCAAAUAUUCAUAGCAUGCAAAAGUCUUGGUGUCUCAUAUGUGAUAAAAGUCUUCCAGUACCAGAAUCUUCAUCAGAAAUGAUUGAUCUAUACAAGGCAACAAUGACUGUAAGCCAGCGAAAGUUGUCUGCAAUGUUAGGACGUUUGAUAGGCCUUACACUUUAUAAGGCACACAGUACAUCAUUAUGCCGUCGUUGCUUUGAACUUGUUGAUCAAGUUGAUGGAUUAGAAAUCGAGUUAGCGGAUACCAAAAUGGAGUUAGUUCAGCAGUAUGAAGCAACUAUAUCUCAUCGCCAGCCUCAUGCAAAAAGAGAAAUAGAAAAGCCAAGUCUUGAAGUAGACGUUGAGUGGGACGAAUCAAAUGAGUCGGAUAUUCUUGACAACAUUGAAGAUGAUCCAGACUGUACUGCUACAGGUGCCAAAAAGAGAAAACGUAAAAAAGCAAGACGGAAGGGUGGUCGCCCACGAAAAAUCAGGGUAACCACAAAAGGAAAGCUUGAUACACAAAAUGAGGAAGAAUCUGAAGAAAGACCCAGAAAACGGGGGAGAGGCCGACCAAGAAAAAAAGACAAAGAAGACGACGAGUUUAUUCCACCAGAGGCUCCUACUAAAAGUUGUCCAUCUUGCAAAAAGGUUAUUCAUGCUAAGAAGUACCUAAAUCACCUGUCUACACAUCGCCUCUUUCCUUGUCCCUUUUGUGAAUCAGUCUACAAGAGAAAGGAUAUUAAGACUCACUUAGCAGAGGCGCAUCAAGAGGAGAUACAUUAUCCGUGUACCGAAUGUGAUGACGUAUUCGACACUUUUAUGCAGUUACGACAGCAUUGUCUAGUUAUUCAUAUGGGUAUAGAACGAGAGCAGUAUAUUUGUAAGCUGUGUAAUAAGAAAUUUUCUAGUCCUACUGGACUGAAAGUUCAUGUAGAAACUAUUCAUGAAAAGGUUCAGGUUUUUGAGUGCCCUACAUGCAAAGAAACAUUUAAUCAGAAAGGAAAUAUGCAAAAUCACUUUCGUCGUGUACAUCAAGGAGAUGAGGCCCGUAAGUUACUGUGUGAUAUUUGUAAUAAAGGAUUUAUUUGCCCAAGUGACCUGAGAAAACAUGUAGAGAGAGUUCAUUUAAAGGUAAGAAAAAAUGAAGUUAUGUGUGAAGUUUGUGGUAAACCUUUUUCAGAUUCUAGAGCUAUGAGAAUUCACAUAAAUGCAGUUCAUACCAAAGAAGUGCAGCAUCCAUGUCCUGAAUGUAAAAUGGUGUUCCAUAGUCUUACCAAUAUGGUGACCCAUAGGCGCCGAAUGCAUGGUGGACCAGAAGGCCGAAAAAAUGUAUGUGAAAUCUGUGGUAAAGGAUUCUGUAGUCCAAGUGAUUUAAAAACACAUAUUAGAGUUGUUCAUGAAAAUGUAAGAAAGUAUGUUUGUGAUAUAUGUGGUCAAGCAUUCAAGGUAUGUUCGCAUCUCAAAUAUCAUCGCCGAAAACAUACUGGUGAGACUCCAUAUGAAUGCCCACAUUGUGGAAAAUGUUUCCAUGGACCAAGCCACAUUUCAGAUCAUGUUAAAAAGGUCCAUAAAACUGUUUAUAUUGGAGCCAACCAACGACGUAAAUUAAACUUACCAGAAAGUGCCCCACCUCCACCACCUGGAAUGCUCCCACCAAGGGAAAUGAAACUCAAACAAAAACCUAUGACUCCUCCCAUGAAUAUGGUCCAUCCAACUUAUUCUCAGCCGAUGGCUUGUGCUAUUCCAGCUUCAGGAGUUUCAACCUUUGCACCAGCUCAUCACACAACCAACAUGCUUCCACCAACCCAAGGAAAUCCAUCUAUGAUUCACCAUCAAGGCCUAAUGGAACAUCAUAACCCUUACACAAACUUCCAGUUUCAGACAGUGGAACAAAACUCUACUCAGCAGUCUCCAGUGCCCAUGGUAGUUCGACUCUUACAUGAUUUACAAUAUCAGUAACACUGAAGGCCUGUAGUUGCAAUAUUAAUCAUUUUAGAGUAUACAAGGCCAUGUCUAAAAUGUACUCCACAGGGAAAAGGCGGAGCUAAAUGGUUUUUUUCUGGCGUCUGCGUCUUCCAUCAUCAGCAUUUAAGUUUGUAAAAAAUUGUGGGAUUGUACUCAAUGAAAGAGAAGAAAAAUAUAAUUAGAACAGGCAGUAAACAAAUACAAAAAGCUCAUUAGCAACUAAGAAUGUCUUUUGUCUGUUUUGCAGUCUUGAAGAGUAUUUGGAAAUAGGGCAUGUUUUACCAGAUAAAUUCCCAUUAUUCCUAAUUCUUAUACUAUAAGGGCAUUUAAAUAAUCGUAUAACUAUAACCAGGAGUAAAUAUAUAUACAAAAAGCUCAUUAGCAAGUAAAAGAGUCUUUCAUCAGUUUUGCGUUAUGGAACAAAAUGUAGAAAGAGGAAAUAUUCUACUAGUAAAAUUUGGAUUAUUAUAUUCUCAGUUGUCUUUUAAGUAUAUUUGAAAAGUCCUUGCUCAUCAGUAUGUGUGUAUUUAAUCUGAUUUUGUGUAUAUCAGGGUUAGUGAACUGUUGUAUUGUAUACAGUGAAGCCCAAUUUCAGUUAAUCAUAGUACAAUAUAUAAAAUUUAUUAAAAAAAUUUAUGGAAAGCUAAUCAUAAAUAAUGAUAGAGUUAUUUUCUCUCUUCUUUUAUCAACUUUUUAGGUGUGUUUAUUUGUGUAACUGUCAUCCGUUUUUGUAAAUCUUUAUAAUAAUUGUUCAUUUCCCAAAUUAUAGGAAUAUAGUCAUAAUACAUACUAUAUUGAUAUUUAUGUCGUAAAGAUGUCUUGUGACCCAUUACAUGGGCGCCAUUUUAUUCGUAGCAGAAAAUAUUUGCCAGGGUAAUUUUUUGUCCUGAAAAAUACAAGGGAAAGGAAUUUCCGUAGACAUUAACCGUAAUUUAAUAAAAGCCUUUACAUACUGCCAUUGCUAAUCAAAAUAAAGCUGGGAGAUAGUAUUUGCCAUUUAAACCUCGGUGAGGAGUUACUUGGAUGUGUAGUCAUGGCCUGCAUUAAGCUCAGUCAACUUACCUGCCGAGUUGUUUAAUUUUUGAUAGUGUAGUUACUGUUCAUCCUCAAAGGAGCUACACUCACAUGGUCUCCCCCAUGGCUCCAAAGGACAUAGCAACCAAAUCUCAAAGAAUUCUCUUAUAGUUGGUCUUGGCCAUAAUAGUGCAUAUUAGUACAGCCACGCUCAGAAAUGAUGCGACAUGACUGCAUAAGAUUUCGUUCAAAAUUCA